AUGGCUGGUUACAAUCGGAGGGCCAGACGCCGCAAGAGCAGGAGCAGGAGCCGGAGCCGGAGCCGCAGGCGCCUGCGGAAAACGCGGCGCACUGGCCACAGCCGCUCUCGCCGCCGCAGCACGCGGCGAAGGCGCCGAGUGGCAAGACGUGGCGCCUCAGCCAUCAAGCGCCGGCCCCUCAGGAGGUACGGGCACCAUGUAGAGGAGGAGCCGGACCUGCUGGAAGACUUGGGAGAGUUCAGUGAGCCGGUAGAUGACUUCGAGUUUUAG